UACAUGGGGAGGAAGGGGGAACAGCAUUCCUCCAGUGAGAGGGUAAUAUUUUCGUUACCAUCAGCAAGUGCUUCCCAAGCGGCAUCAGGCUGGUUUGCCACCGCUUUGCGCUGUUUUAAUCUCUUGGGGUCUCCUUGAAGUGUUCCAGUCAUGGCUUCCAAAGACAUAUCUUGGUAUAUGAAGAAGCGUGUGGGCCAAGUCAAAACUGAUUACGCGUAUCAUCACACUAAACAUGUUGUCAAGCAGCAUACGGAAAGGAAAUCAAGCUCUAAAUCGGUGAGCCAGGUACAGGCCCAGGCCACAGAGGCGAUGGCGGAACCAGCCUAUAUCAUACCGGUGUUCCGGCAGAGGACUGCUGAGGAGACUGAGGAGUACCAGAGAGUGUCUACAAAUGUUGGGAAGGGACUGGCUGUUAUUCAGGAGGAGCUUCACAGGAUGAGGAUUGCUACUAAGGCUCAAGUGGAGAGCCUUGAGAUCCAGAGAGAGGUUAGGGGAAGGAUGACUAGGAGGGGGGACUUGUUGGACGACGUCCCCAAGAUGCCGGACUUCCUGGUGGCCCUGCGGCCCCACACCGUGUGGGAGAAGACUCCCGUCAAACUCUUCUGCACCGUGGAGGGACACCCGAGGCCCAUCGUCAAAUGGUAUAAGGGCGGAGUGCCAGUCGACCCGCUGAGCGCUCCCGGAAAGUACAAGAUUGAAAACAAGUACGGAGUCCAUGGUUUGAUCAUAAGCAGGUGUGUGGUGAGUGACACUGCCGAGUACAGCGCUGUGGCAACCAACCAGUACGGCACGGCCACCAGCAAGGCCACCGUUACCGUGAAGAGAGCGUCGGGAGCCGCGGAGUCCUGCCAGCUUGGUCUCGUGCCCCACCUGACUGAGAUCCAUCCCAGUAAGCUGGAGGUCACCCUGCUCGACCAUUUCCAUGUCUCCUUCGGCGUGGAGGGCGGCUCCAUCAGUCUGGUGUGUACCAUGGUGGUCGUCCCCGACCUCCCCAACGUCCCACCCAUCGCCCAGUGGUACAGAGACGAUAAACUGCUGAAACCAAGUAAGCUGGUGGAGAUGAAGGUGAGUGGGAGCGCGGCCCGUCUGACGCUGCCCCACCUGGCCAAGGACGACGAGGGCCUCUACACCCUCCGCAUCUUCACAAAGGAUGGCACCGCCGAGCACAGCGCCUACCUGUUUGUCUCAGAUGCCGCUGCCUCUGCAGCCGGGGCCCCCGGUGCACCAAUGAGCGUAAAGGCGUAUGACAUCAACUCGGACUACGUCCUGGUUGCCUGGAAACCCCCCAACACCGUCAACGAGGCGCCACUCACCGGAUACUUUGUGGAUCGGUGUGAGGCUGGCAGCGACACCUGGGUCCAGUGCAACGACGCCCCAGUGAAGGUUUGUAAAUACCCGGUUCACGGCCUGAGCAUGGGCCACUCCUACCACUUCCGGGUCAGAGCCGUGAACAGCGCCGGCAUCAGCAGGCCGUCCCGCAAGUCGGACAAAGUGACCGCAAUGGACGCCGCUGAGCACGAGAGGCUGCAAGGUACCGACGAAGGCGUCCCCUCUGCUCCUGGUCAGGUUGUUGCCACCAGGAACACCAAGUCAUCCGUGUUCGUGCAGUGGGAGCCUCCCAAACAUCUGAACCACCUCAUGGGAUAUUACAUCGACGGCCGUGCCGUCGGAUCCAAGGAGUGGUUCCCCUGUAACCACAAACCCUUCAAACACACCAGGUUCGUGGUCCACGGCCUGAUCCCAGGAGAGACCUACGUGUUCCGCGUCCAAGCCGUCAACGUCUUCGGCCUCAGUGACGAGUCACAGGAGUCGACUCCCAUCUCCGUGGAGCCGGCCCUCGCGACUCCCAGCGCUCCCUUCGGCAUCACCAUGCUGAGCUGCGACGGCUCCUCCAUGACCGUGGCCUGGAAGAGUCCCAAACACUGCGGCGGCUCCAAGGUCAACGCCUACUACAUCGACAAGCGUGACGCCGACACUCACAUCUGGAAGGAGGUCAACCAGUCGUCCAUCACCGAGAGGAUCUGCACCGUCGACAAUCUGACGGAGGGAACCUUCUACGAGUUCAGGGUCCAGGCCGGGAACAUGGCCGGUGUCGGGCUUCCAUCAGCUCCCAGCACCCCCAUGAAAUGCGUAGCUUGGACCAUGGAGGAGCCAGGCCCAGCCUACGACCUGAGCUUCAGUGAGGUGAGGAGUCACUCCCUGGUCUUCCUGUGGAAGGCUCCGGUCUACACUGGAGCGAGCGCCGUCACUGGAUACUUUGUGGACAUGGCCAAAAAGGGCUCGACAGAGUUCGUUACUCUGAAUCAUGAAGCCGUGCACCACCGCUACCUGCAGGUGAGCGGUCUGGAGGAGGGCCAGUCGUACGUGUUCAGAGUUCGUGCUGUCAACGCAAACGGCGUCGGAAAAGCCUCCCAGUUGUCUGAGCCCGUCUGUGCCAAAGCUCUUCCAGGCACCAAAGAGAUCGUGGCUGGUGUGGAUGAGGAAACCGGAGACAUCUACCUGUCUCUCGAGGCCUGCGAGAUCUGCGAGACCUCCAAGUUCGUGUGGUCCAAGAACUACAAACCCAUCGGCGACUGCCCACGGGUCGCCGCCACGGCGCACGGCAGAACCUCCAGGUUGACUUUCACCAACCCCGAUAAGGACGAUUUGGGCAGAUACUCCGUGGUCGUCACCGACACAGAUGGAGUCUCUGGCAGCCACACACUGACCGAGGACGCCCUGAACACCAUGCUGGAGCUCAGCUAUGCCAUCAGACAUCCAGUUAUUCCUCUGAAACACGGCCUGAACUACGAGAUUCUGGAGAAGGGUCAUGUGCGUUUCUGGCUGCAGGCGGUCAAACUGUCGCCCGCAGUGUCCUACAGGUUCAUCGUUAACGACAAGGAGGUCACCAGCGGAGAGGGUCACAAGAUCAGCCACGACGUGGCCACGGGAAUCAUCCAGAUGACUGUGGAUCACUUCACCAGAAACAACGAGGGCACGUACACCGUCCAGAUCCACGACGGCAAGGCCAAAGCCCAGAGCUCCCUGGUCCUGGUGGGAGAUGUGUUCAAGGCAGCUCUGAAGGAGGCCGAGUUUCAGAGGAAAGAGCACAUCAGGAAGCAAGGUCCACAUUUCUCUGAGUAUCUGUAUUUCACUGUCACUGAGGAUUGCACCGUCAUGCUCACCUGCAAGGUGGCCAACGUGAAGAAGGAGACGACUUUCCACUGGUACAAAGAGGACGAUGAGAUUGUUCCAGAAACUCCCCCCAACGUCAUGUCGGGAGCCUGCGCUCUUCCCCUCCAUCUGUUCUCCAGGCAUGAUCAGGGUGUUUUCAAGGCCGUGCUCGCCGACGACAGAGGAAAGGACACAUCUACGAUUGACAUUUCAGGCCAUGUGUUUGACGACAUCAUCAAUGCCAUCGCCAAGAUCGCCGGUGCUUCUGCCUCUGACCUGGUGCUGCAGUGUACUCCAGAGGGCAUCAGGCUGCAGUGCUACAUGAACUACUACACGGAGGAGAUGAAGACCGUCUGGAAACACAAGGAGUCUAAGAUCGCCUCCUCUGAGAAGAUGAGGAUCGGAGGCACGGCAGAGAUGGCCUGGAUGCAGAUCUGUGAUCCGUCCGAUAAGGAGAAGGGUCACUACACCAUCGAGAUCUCAGACGGCGUGAAGACUCACACCAGGACCUUUGACCUGUCUGGACAAGCGUACACCGAUGCCUAUGACGAGUACCUGAGACUUAAGGCAGCUGCAUUUGCCGAGAAGAACCGCGGCAGAGUGGUCGGUGGUCUGCCUGACGUGGUCACCAUCAUGGAAGAGAAGUCCCUGAGCCUGACCUGCACCGUGUGGGGCGAGCCGACCCCUGAGGUCACCUGGUUCAAGAACGAGCAGGAGGUCACCUCCACCGAGCACACCAGGAUCAUGUUUGACGGCGGCAAGUUCGCCAGCCUCGUCAUCACCAAAGUCACUCCCGAAGACUCUGGCAAGUACAGCAUCAACGUGCGGAACAAGUACGGCGGCGAGUUCGUCGAGAUCACCGUCAGCGUCUACAAGCACGGCGAGCAGAUCCCCGAGCCCAAACUGGGACAUCCCAGAAUGGCCACACCCGCCGCUACACCUGCAACCACGCCUAUGCCGCCCAAGUCCCCAGCUCCCCACUCCAAGACCCCGACCCCCACACCUUCCAAGUCCCACACCCCAGCGCCAUCCCUGAAGAGCCCGACUCCUGCAUCCACCCCGAUCCCCAAGUCUCCAACCCCGACCCCCAAAUCCCCGACCCCCAAAUCCCCGACCCCCAAAUCCCCGACUCCACCUCGCAGCGUCAAGUCUCCAACCCCGCCCAGAUUCAUGAAGUCUCCGACCCCGCCCAGGAAGUAAGCGGCGGUGGUUGACGCCAGAGGAGGAAACACUUGCUGUUAGCAACACUGAUUUUUAGCAUGAGCGUGAAACCGUGUGAAGAAGUACUUACUUAGAUGUAGUCACUGUUACAGUCCCACUCUCUUGCACCGCUGCACACUCCGGACUACGACUCCGAAAGAACAGGCCGCUAACUAGUCCGGCACAGGUUACUUUUUCGAGAACUAGUUGCACAGUAGACACAGGAAAAAACCCACAAAAGAGGGACUUUUACAGUGGCUGCUUGACAUAAACGUCCUUCUCAGUUACUUCAUGUCAUUCAACUGGUCACAGGUGGGGUAAAAAAAUAAAAAGCAAUAACCUCAGAAAAGGUUGAUGUUAACGUUCAGUGUUUUAAAAGCUGCACCUUCCACUACGCAGCGUUAGUGGAAUGCCCCAUAUUCUUCUUUUUGUUUGUGGAUGUUAAAUGGUAAUUCUGGUUUAUUACAACUUGGGUCUUACUCAUGUAGUUUUGACCGUAGAAACAAACUCGUACUCAUCAGGGAUUUUUUUUGACGAGCAGGUUGCACAAACUUAUUUUGAAGAGAAAGAGGGAAAGACUUGAGGUUGGUGCUCCAAAGUUUUCCUGUUAAACGAGGGACAUUUCAGGUGUGCACACUUUGAGUUUGACCUCCAUAUAAAGUGGUUUAGAUAAUCUGGCCGUACCUGUUGUUGUCUACAACCUGUCUGAUCAUGUUGAUUGCCCUGACUGACUUUAUUGAAGUGAUGUCACCAUAUUUCUAGAUCUCUGCAGAGAGUACAAUGUUUUCAUUGUUGGUAAAAAAAAUAAAAAUAAAAAAAAAAUGUCCAAAAGUACAAAAAUAAAACCAGAGUUGUUAUGAACCAGAGUCCUUUAAGCUACUUUAAUCCCAGGUAGCUUUCAUCUGUUGGAGGUGUCUGUCUAUGACAUGUUGUGUCUCCCCCCCAAAUGCUUUGUGAUGGCAAUAAACUUUACUUAUCAACCUC